UUCUACAAGAUGACGCUGUUUCCUGACGUCUGCAACAUUGAUUCGCUAAAUUUUAUAAACAUAUGCUAAACAUAAGAGUUUAGUUUUCAUUUAAAGGACGAGAAAGAGUCGAGAUCUUGCUAAAUAAAAGCCUUUUGUUUUGCAAACGCGUUCCCGGCGCUGCUCCGUGUCACCCAGCGGGGAGCCGGCGCGCGGUGCCGGUGGGAUUACCUGACUGGGGACAGACGUCGAAAAGCUUCCGAGGACACUCUACGCGAGCAUGCGAUGGUGCUCGGACAUGUUUCCCACUACGGCAGGUGACCGCGCUCCCGAAACCCCCGCAAAGCGGCGCCAUGCUGCGGCAACGACGGAAUAUUGCGCCCAGCUGCAGGAGUGGAUGUGGCUCUACUACUGCGGGCGGAGCUGGCAGAGCCUGGCGGCUCUGUCCGCCUUCCCGGGUCUCGACCGAGCAGCCUGGAACGACCUCCCGCAUCCAGCAGCCUCCUCCCAUCAGCCGGUGCAGAGCGCCGCCGACGGCCGGGGAGCGCAGCCGCGGGAUGGGACUCCGAGCCAGGCAGGGCACGAGUACAACAUUCCCUCUCCUCUCCAGAGGUUCCUGGCAGAAACAGUGGACUUCUGUAUCCUGUUUUGCGUGAAGGCGACCAUUGUGCUGUGGAUCAUGCACCUGAGCGGGAUGAAGGACGCCGCCAAGUUCAUCACCCAGUUCGUGGUGGAGGAGAUCGACGAGAGCACGUCCAUGGAGGACCUGCAGAGGAUGAUGGCCGUGGCUCUGGCCUACAGGGUGUGUGUCUGCAUCUACGAGAUGUUCUGCAUCUGGGGUGCCGGCGGUGCCACACCCGGGAAGUUCCUGCUCGGCCUGCGGGUGGUCAAAUGUGACACAACCACCCUGGUCCGACCCAACCGGGUCCUGGUGGUGCCAGCGUCCAACGUCUCCCUCUCCGCCUCUGCAGUGCGGGCUUUGAAUAAGAACUUCUCCAUUGCCUUCUUCUUCCCUGUCUUCAUCACCGUCCUCUUCUUCCAGCACAACAGGCCUGUGUAUGACAUUGUGGCAGGGACCAUAGUCGUCCAGCGUAGAGGGGCCACAUAGCAGCUGCCCGUGGGUGCAGAGCCUCCUGAGAGCAGCACUGGUGCACGGGCCCGUUUUGUGUUUUGCAAAUCUGACUUUGAAUUUUCAUGUUAAUUAUAUCUCAGAAUAUCAGAAAAUUCUCUGAGCACCUCCUGUAAACCUCUUCACUGUGCCGUCGCACUUAAAGUGCUUUUUUUUAAGGUUUGCAAAGCUUAAACAUUUUUCAAAUGUUGGAUUUGAACAUUUGUCGCCCCCUAGUGGCCACAUGGACUAAUUACAAAUAUCUGUUUUCCCCCACACUAUGAGCAUAGUUUGAUACACGUUAUGUAAACAUAAACUGUUGUACAUAGUGGUUGUGUAUAGGAUAACACAGUGUUAGCCUCUUUAUUUAUGUUAUUUUAUUCAACAUGCUAAUAAACAAUCAAACGUUGGUAAUA